UUCUGAAACAUCCCUUCGAUUUAUUCCGAUAACAAUAACAUUACAACAUAUGUUUGCGGCGCCUAACAGCAUAUUUUUCUUCUACAUUUUUCUCAAAACAAAACAAUCCGAGCAAGAAACAUAAGAAAUUCAGAAAAUCCGCACAAUUUGGAAAAUGGAGGAACUAUGCAGAGUUUGCAUGGGAACGUCUGAAGCCUUCACAAACAUUUUCGAUGUGACAGAAAAGUGGGACACUUCGAUUGGUGACAUGAUUGCCCAGUGUACCGGGUACGUGGUUAGGCGAGGUGACUCACUACCAGAAAUCAUAUGUCCGCCUUGCCUUGAGGAUGCUGUGAAUGCAUUCAAUCUUAUAAAAACCUGUGAGCAGAGCCAUCAACUAUAUUUCACCCAGAUGGAAGAGGAUGAAGAAGAAGAGCUGUGUGAUGAUCCGAAAGACAAGGACUGGAAGCCGCCACCUAACGAAAGUGAGCUAUCGCAACAAAUUGAAACCGAUGCUAAAAUACAUCGAAAUAAUACUGAUAAGACGGAUAAUCCAAAACGACCCCACAAAUGCUCCCACUGCUCGAAAUCCUAUCCACGAAAAUGCGAUCUCAGAUUACACUUCCGUAACCACACUGGUGAACGACCCUACAUAUGCUCCGUAUGUUCGAAAACUUUCGCACAAAAAUCCAAUCUUGAAAAACACAUCCGUACGCACUCGAGUGACAAACCAUUCAAAUGCCCCGACUGCCCAAAAUCCUUUCAACUAAAAACCUAUCUCAUGGGACACAUGCUUACCCACAGAGGGGAUCGACCCUGUCUAUGUUCGUACUGCGGAAAGUCUUUUUCGUAUAAUUACGAGCUCGAAAAACACAUUCGUACUCACACGGGAGAGCGUCCGUUUAAGUGUAUUCACUGCCCCAAGGACUUUGUUCAGCUCAAAUCUCUCAAUUCUCAUAUGCGUAUGCACACGACGGAACGAGAACAAUCUUACCAGUGUCCUCACUGUUCCAAAGUUUUUAAAAAUCAAACCAGCCUAAGAACUCACAUUCGAAUGCAUACGGAUGAAAAACCGUUCACAUGUAGCGAAUGCUCAAAGUCCUUCCUAUACAAAUCCCAUCUUAAUGCACACAUGCGUAUUCACACAGGGGUUCGACCCCAUAAAUGCUCUCACUGCUCGAUGUCAUUUCUACAAAACUCCCAUCUCCAAGUACACAGUCGUAUCCACACGGGAGAAAACCCCUACAAAUGUCCACACUGCUCCAGGUUAUUUAAAUACAAUAACAGAAGCUACAAACAACAUAUCCUUAAUCACACAAGCAACAAUGACUUGACGAGCGAUGAGCGACCGUACAAGUGCUUGCACUGCUCCAAGUCCUUUUCCCUAGCUGGAACUCUUGGGGUUCACCUCCGUACACAUAUCACCGAACGAGCCUACAAAUGCUCCGAGUGCUCAAAGUCGUUCAAACAAAAAUACGAACUCAAAAUACACAUCCGUACGCACACUGGAGAGCGACCAUAUCAGUGCAGUCAAUGUUCGAAAUCGUUUACACAAAAAUCUGGCCUCAGUGUGCACAUCCGUACGCACACUGGAGAAUCUCCAUACGAGUGUUCUUACUGCGAAAAGUCCUUUAAAAAAAAAAGCCACCUGCAAAUACAUACCCGUACUCACACAGGAGAUCGACCCUACUCGUGCUCUCACUGCUUGAAGUCAUUCAAUCAAAAGCCCCAUCUCGCCAAACAUGUCCUUACUCACACUGAGGGAAAACUCCACACAUGUUCUUACUGCCCAAGAACCUUUAAGAAGAACUCUCAUCUUCAAAGACACACCCGAACUCACAAUAAACGGCCCUAAAGUGUUACAGAUGGAAAAAUUAAAUUUUUGAGAUAAAAUAUACACGCCACAUAAAGAAUGUCCCUUGCGAGUCCAGACGACCUCUAAAAAAGAAAAUGAAGCAGUUGAAGAUACUGAUAACUGAUACUGAUCAUAUAAAGAGGAUAGAACGCAGAACGAUUUUUGGCAUGUUUGCUACUCGAUAAUUAAUUUAACUUUAGUUAUUCCUGGAAAGUCCCAAAAAUGUAUUGUAUUAUUCAAUUUAAAUAU